AAAAAAAAUGGUAUGUGUAAGAAUAGAAAAUGUCAAUGGCGUUUCAACGAUGACAGCUCUCCUGCGGAGACCGUCCUAACGACUGAAACAUCUUCUCCAAACAUGUCUAAAGUAUAAAACCCACGUUUAUUAGACCUCGAAUUAUCCUAAAGUGUCGUCCUUUAGCAAACCCGCAUCGAAAGUUUCCAUCUUUUUCGUUUACUAACCAUGGAGGUGGAAGAAGAUAGCAAGAUUCAUGGGAUUGUAGAAGAAGAUGGGCAUGGUGGAAGUGAUCUGACGAAGAAGAAGAAGAAGAAGGAGAAGAAGUAUUGGAUGGGCUGUCUCAGAGCUGAAUCUGACGAGAGUGGUAACGUUGAUUUGAGUGUUGAGUUCCCUGGGGAACGCGCUGAGCCUACUCAUCUAGUCGUCAUGGUCAACGGUCUCAUCGGAAGUGCUCAGAACUGGAGAUUUGCUGCUAAGCAGAUGCUGAAGAAGUAUCCUCAGGAUCUCAUCGUUCACUGCAGUAGACGCAACCAUUCUACACAGACAUUUGAUGGAGUUGAUGUUAUGGGUCAAAGAUUAGCAGAAGAGGUUAGGACGGUGAUCAAACGUCACCCAAGUCUCCAGAAGAUUUCCUUUGUAGGACAUUCUUUAGGUGGCUUGAUUGCUAGGUAUGCCGUUGCCUGUCUUUAUGAGCAAGAAUCCCCGCAAAACAGUGAGGAACCAAAAGAGAGAAUCGCUGGAUUGGAGCCUGUGUGUUUUAUAACUUCUGCAACGCCGCACCUUGGUUCAAGAGGACAUAAGCAGGUUCCAUUGUUUUCUGGAUCUCACACAUUGGAGAAGUUAGCUACGCGUAUGUCAUGGUGUCUUGGUAAAACGGGGAAACAUCUUUUUCUAGCUGAUGGUGAUGAUGAUGGAAAGCCUCCCUUACUCCUCCGUAUGGUUAGCGACCGUAGAAACCUUAGGUUCAUUUCUGCUUUGAGAUGCUUCAAGCGGCGUAUUGCUUAUGCAAACACAAGCUUUGACCACCUAGUAGGCUGGAGCACAUCGUCUAUCAGGCGACGCAGCGAGCUUCCUAAGCUUCAACGCGGUCCAGUCAAUGAGAAGUAUCCUCACAUUGUGAACGUUGAAGGACCAGGUACCUCAAGUAACCAUGAGGAAGUUCAAUCAGAGACCAAUUCAAACGGUUCCAAGAAUUUUGAUAUGGAAGAGGAGAUGAUAAGAGAGCUAACAAAAAUGAGCUGGGAAAGAGUUGAUGUUAGUUUCAGAGGAACCGUGCAGAGAUUUCUCGCUCACAAUACCAUUCAGGUGAAAACGAAGAUGAUCAAUUCAGCUGGAGCAGAUGUUAUACAACACAUGAUUGACAAUUUUGAGCCAUAGUUUAUCUGAAGAUUGCAGCAGGUCCCUCACAAGGGGAGAUAUACAUACCUCUCUGUAAAACUAUAGGAGUAAUAAAUUUUGUAUUCCCAUUCUGUAACCACUGAUCUUACAAUGCAACUUAAACUAUAAAAGACUCUUGAAAGGAAC